AGGUGUGCUCAGUGGUGAAGUACUUUUAUAUUUCUAUUAUUAUUAUUAUUAAAUAAUAAAUAAUCAAGAUUUGUUUAUUAUUUAUAAAUAUUCUCUUAAAUAAAUUAUUGCAUAAGGUAUAUUGCAAUGUUUAACGUGGGAUUGGGUAAUACAGAGAUAAAGGGGUAAAUUUUCAUCAGUGUCUCUGGUUAGGUAUCAAUAAUGUCUUCUGACCCGGGACUACCGAUAAAAAAGGAACUGGACACGUUUCCGGACUGUUCGCCGUCCAAUAGCGACCUGUAUUCACCCACCACUACCACACAGCAACCAAUCAUAAGCGAAAACAUCAUACAAUCAUCUGAUGGCCUGGAGUACCACGAUACGUACGAAAUGAUGAAAAUAUCCCAUAGAUCCCCGGUGAGCCCCGAGAGACAGUACUGCUCAUCAACCACUCAACCACACACAGAUUCCGGGCACAAUGAGUUGGACGUGAAACCGGAAGACGACUCGCCCCGGAGGCUGUGCCUCGUUUGCGGGGACUUCGCCUCCGGUUUCCACUACGGCGUGGCCUCCUGCGAGGCCUGCAAGGCCUUUUUCAAACGCACCAUCCAGGGCAACAUUGAGUACACGUGUCCCGCCUCCGGGGACUGCGAGAUUAACAAAAGACGACGGAAGGCGUGUCAGGCCUGUCGCUUCCGGAAAUGUUUACGUUCCGGGAUGUUGAAGGAGGGAGUGCGGCUGGACAGGGUGAGGGGGGGCCGGCAAAAGUAUCGACGGAACCCCGACAGUCCUUAUCAGGUUCAGGUGGUGACGGCCUUGAAGCCUCACGUGUUAUUGGAGGAUAUAAAAAUGCUGGAAGCGUUAGUUGCUUGCGAGCCGGACUGCUUGGAAAUCAACACGACCUUGGAGGGUUCCAAGCAUCGCACCCUGGCGAUUUUGAGCGACUUGUACGAUCGGGAGUUGGUGGGGAUUAUUGGGUGGGCCAAGCAAAUACCUGGUUUUUCAGAUUUGUCCUUGAACGACCAGAUGAGGCUUUUGCAGAGCACUUGGGCGGAAAUUUUGACUUUAACUUUGGCGUAUCGCAGUUUGCCGUUGAGCAGUUUGGGCCGGUUGAAGUUCGCCAUGGACUUCACCAUGGACGAGAAACAAUCGAAGGACUGCGGGGCCAUCGAGUUAUACCAGACCUGUUCCCAUAUUGUGGAACGUUUGGAGUCUUUGGCCAUAAACAAGGAGGAGUACUACCUGCUCAAGGCUCUGGUGCUCACCAAUUCCGACGUGAAACUGGACGAAUAUCAGAGUUUGAAGAAGUUCAGGGAUGGGAUUUUGGGGGCCAUGUCGGAUGCCAUAAGCAUAUUGAGACCGAAUAAUUGCCUGACCCAGAUCCAGCAGAUUAUGCUGUGCCUCCCCGCUCUGAGACAAGCGGAUCAGACGGUGCGGAAAUUCUGGUCCGACGUCCACAGUCGGGAUCUGGUGACGAUGAACAAAUUGUUUCUGGAAAUGUUGGAGGCCUCCAAUAAUCGGUAGCCAUAGAGGGAGGGAGUGGGAAAGAGGGAGGCUUAAAUACGGGUCGUUCAGGUUGUGAAUUCAUUUAUUUUUUCGUUGUUGUUGUGUAUUAAAUGAGAAAUCGAGGUUAGAAUAAUAAUGACUACUUAUAUUAAGCAAUUCAUGUGAUUUUUUUAAGUGUGGGUGUUUUGACAAUAAGAAAAGUGUUUGUUCGCCCCCCCCCCCCCGACAUGUAUAUUUUAUAGUUGUAAAUAUAAAUUUAAUAAUGGAAA